AUGGCGGCGGCGGAGCUAAGUGUCCACGUCAGGGGCAUUGCCGAGAAGCUUCGAAAACGAGCGGAAGAUGCAGCCAAAAAGGGCGGCAUUGAUGCAUCGGCGGGCCUCUUGGCGUCUGUGGAGCAUUUGCUUCAGUCGGCGGACCUCAUGGAACGGCAGCACCAGCUUUUGCAAAUGGCGGGAUCGUUAUCGUCGGAACCAAUGUCGACCACUCUGCGUAAUCUUCAGCUUGUCGGUGCGAUGUUGGAAAAGAAGAGCGAAGAAAUGAGAAACAAACAAGCUAUGGGACCUGCGAACUCGUUGGCGCAAUCGGCGAGCCACGUUCGCAUUGGGGUGCAACGCUUGGAAGCAAUCGAGACGUGGCUCGCGUCUACGCUGGGUGAUACGUACACUCCCGAGAUGGACUGGUCUGCUGCUCUGUCUCAAGUACCCAAUGCUCAAGCAAAGACCGGGAAUUCCGAGACCGAGAACGCGUUGAAGGAUGCAGAAGCUCGAGUGGUGGCAUUGGAGGCUGAAUUGACGCAAUGGAAGCAACAUCAUGAAGCCACUCAAGCCCAGCAAUUGCAACUUCUAGAGCAACUCGAACAAAUCGAAGUUGAGUUGUCCUUAUCCAAGAAAAGUCAGCAUGAAGUUGCUGGAGCCAAGGAAGCGUUGGAAGCUGAGUUGUCGGUUGCCCACGACCAAAUCGACGCAUUGGCGGCACAGUUGGACGCGCUAAAGACAGAAAAUGCCACCGCGGAGCAAGAAAUGCAGGAAGAAUGGGAACGCUUGCUCAAGCAAAGCGAGGCGCUGGCAAAGGACGUGGCGGAAUUGCGUGCGAAAGACGCAGCGUCCCAGCAACUAGUCCAGCAACUCCACGACCGUAUCAAGACAAGCCAAGAUGCCAUGGACAUGCUGGAAAAGGAACUUGACGAGAUGCGCGGAAAGGAAUCCCAAACAGAGAACGAUCUAAAAGCCAAAACGGAUCAGGUGGCGCAUCUCUCGCAGCAACUUGUGGCUGCCCAAGAGAAAUUGCACUCAGCUGAGCACACGAUGUCUACCGUCUGCGCGCAAAACGACACCAGUCGUGCUGAUGCAAUGGAGGCGUUGGAAGCGAAGAUCGUCGAGUCCACGACUGCCGUGGCAGCUGCGCAGUCGUCGCUUCUUCAUCUCGAAGACGAAUUGGCGGCUUGCCGUGCCCAAUAUCACGCUGCGCUGGAGUCGCACGAGCUUCAACUCACGGCUGCAGAAGACAAGGCGCUAUCCACCAUCCAUUCCUUGGAAAAAGAUCUCGUGGCUCUCCGCGACAAUGUUACAGCGACCACCGCGGCCCACGAAAAGACUCAAGCGGAACUGGGCGACGUUCAUGUCGAGUUAGCAGCAUCGGUGGAAGCCACGGAAAAGGCACUGGCUGAGCUGGAAGACACCCAAGAGCAGUUGGCAGCGUCGGUGGAUUCCACCGACAGGACGAUGGUCGAGCUGGAAGAGACCCAGAUCCAACUGGCUGCAUCCACAGACUUGAUCGAGGCGAAUCGACUCAAGAUCGAGUCGCUGGAACGAGAACUCGACGAACGUCAGUCCACGUUGGAAGCGCUGGAAGCGCAACUGUCGUCGGCGGCCACCUCCGGUCUCGACAACAACCAUGACUCUGUCGUAGAAAGUUUAAAGACAGAGCUAGCGGACGUUCGAGCUCAAUUGGCGACCGUGCACGGGACUGCCGAUUCGUUGACGGCCGAUCUCGUUUCGGCCCGACGCCAACUGGUCGCGGCCGAAGAGCUGGCAGCAAUUAACCAAGACACCAUCGAGACGCUCGAAGACGAAUUGGUGGCUGUGCGGCGUCAAGCAGAAGAGGCAGUGCAGACUGCUGGGUCAUGGGAACUCGAACUCGUGGCAGUCCGCGACGGUAUUGCGAGGUUGGAAGCGCAGCUGACUUCAAACGACCCCAGUAACAACCAUGACCGCAAUCGAAGCAGUAGCAGCAUCGGCGGCGUCGAAAGCGUGAGCAGCGUUGGGGACAAGCUCACGCUGCUCGCGACAGCCAUUCGUCUAUUGAACGAGGAAAAAGGUCAAUUUCACGCACAAAUCGAGCGGCUGGAAGCGUCUGUCGCGCAGGAACAAGCAACGGUGCUCCUCCAUGCAGAGCAAGUGCGCGCGCUCGAACUGCACGUGGAAAAUGCCCACCAAUUGCACCAAGAAAUGCGAACGACCCACGAGGAAGAGGAAAUGGCCAGGCAAGAACACGGCGCACGACUCAAGGACGAAGUGGCAGGGCUACGCGCCGAGAAAGAGCGAUGGAUCGAGCGCGCACAGGCGCUCGAACUGGAGGUACAGCACUUGACGCAGACUGUGGCGGACUUGUCGGCAACGUCGCUGAAUGAAAACGACUCCAAGUUGCUUGAAUUGUCCAAGCAAGUCCAUGCUUUGGAAGCUUCCAAAACACAGUUGCUCGAGCAACUAGAGACGGCCAAGGCCACCGCAACGUCCCUCGAAGCUAGCCGUGAGGAGUUGCUGGAGCAAUUUGCUGGGAUUCAAGACGAAAAUGCCAAUUUGGGGGAGCAAUUGAAAGCUUCGCAAGACGACCUGGCAAUGGCGAAGGACGUGUUCGAGACGGAAAAAUUUGACUGGCAGGCGCAGCAAAAAGUGAUGGAAGAGCAAUUUGUCCAGAACGUCCAGGACCUGAAAAAGCAAGUUGCUGCCAAGGACGCCGAAUUGCUCACGUUGCACGAUGAGUCGCGAGUGUUGCUGGAAAACGCUAGAGCGGGCGUAGUGGCAGCGACAGAAGGCAAGGGCGUAUUAGCAGACCAACUGCGCGGUGCCCUCGCUACCGCUGCAUCGACAGAAGAAUCCCUUCGAGUCCUUCAGGAGCAACAUACAGCGGCUAUCGACGAAUGGACAAUGACCGAGACCGCUCUCACACAAGAAAAGGUGUCGUUGAAGAAUUUGUCGGACGAGUUGGCUGCGCGGGUGGCUGAACUCGAGGACGACAUCGUGCAGCUGAAUCGGGCGACGACUGCACAGCUAGCGACAGAAGCGACCAUGGAAGAGUUGUCCAAAACAACGGCUCAAUUCGAGUCUCAAGUUGCGUGGCUGGACCAAGAACUCGCUUCCGUACGGGCCAACUUGCUGUCAUCCGAAGAAACCAAAGCAGACUUGCUAGCAGAGCUCCAAGCCGUGCAAGGUGAAUGCGCUGCGAAAGUCCAGGCGCUGGUAGACCAAGUGAAUGUGCUCGUUACGGAAAAAACAGCGUGGCAAGCCGCUGCAAGUGCUCGCGAAAGCCAGUGGCAGGACCAAUUUCAAGCGUUGGAGCAAGCGGUCCAAACUCUGACAGACGAGAAGCUGCGCCUCAUGGAAGAUCACGACCGGCACAUAGAGCAACUCAAGCACGACUACGAAACAGCGGCCAAGGCAGCAGCCUCCUGUAGCGAUGGUAGUCACGAGGACAAAGUCGGUGCAUUGACGUGUGAGUUGGCGAUUGUUUCAGAAGAGGCAAAAGCAUCGGCGCUGGAGCUCCAAAGCCGAAUCAAACAGUUGGAAGAUGAAAGAGAGACUCUUGUAGAGGCCCAACGCGUGCACGCCGUCGAGUUGCGCGACUUGUCGGACCGGUUGAAGGCUGGCCAUGUUGAAAUCCUUCAAAAGCAUGUGGACACUUUGACCAAAGAGCAUGCAGUCAACAUUCAACGGCUGGAAGAGCAGCUCGAUGCGUUGGUCGCCGAAAAAGCACACCUGCAAACGGACCGUGAUGGGUUGACAGCGUCUCAGACUGAAUUGGAAGCGGACAAGGCUGCCUUGGCGGACGAACUUCGGCAAGUCCGUGCGGCGCUAACACAACAUGCUGCAGAUAUCGGCAGCUUGGUCGCGCAGAAGGAAGCCCUUGAGACUGAAAAGUUGCAAGCGGUCGCGCGCUACGAAGCAGAAGUGACAACGUGGCAGGCAAGAGUGAAUACCCUCCAAAAGACGCAUGCAAGCGAAAUCGAAACGUUCCAAAGAACCAUCGACGAGCUGGAAGCAACCAAGUCGGCAGCUUUCGCGUCGGAUGGAGCGCGGCAAGCCGCCAUGCAUCAAGAACGUGACAAUGCAUUGGUGCAGCUGAAGGACAUGCAAACCGCCUUCGAAGAGUAUAAGACGCGGGCGGCGGCGGCAUUGAAGAAGGCUGAAAAGCGCACGGCGUUGCUCAAUCCGAUGCUGGCCGAGAAGCAGCAACUCGAAACGCAACUGGCAACUCUGCAAGAAUAUGGUCGCCACGUUCGGGAAACUCACGAGAAUGCGUUGCUGAACAAGGAAGAGAUCAUAUCACGGUUGACGGCCGCCAUCGAAGACGCUGCGCGUGCUUCAGUGCCAAAGGAGAAGGUGCAGGCAGUGAUCAAAGUGGAGCUGGAAACCGCGACGGCAGACUUGCACAGCCAACUCCAGGCGACAGGAGUCCGCGUCCAGGAGUUGGAGGCGUCGUUGGCGACGAAGGACGCUGCAUUGGCGGCAGCUGCCGUCCGACUGGAACAAGUGCAGCAUGAAUUAACAGCGCUCAAUGAAACGCUGGAACUCAAGUCGAUGCUAGUGACCAAGGCGAUGAGCGACAAGGAAUCGUUUGAAGCAUCCAUUGCCCAGUUGCAGGAGCAACUGGACGAGGCGUUGGCAAAACUCAGUGCAGUUGGCGAGACUGAAUCGAAGCAACGCCAGGAGCGCUCAGCCGAACUGGAGGCAACUCUCUUGGAAUUGACGCAGCAGAAUCAAGCAGUUGCGGAUCUCGAACGACAGAUCGCUGAAGUUUCGACCGAAAUGAAUAAAGCAGCCAUCCUCGAUGCCGCACUGGUCAAGAUGAAGACCGAGUUGGUCGAUGUUAUUGAUGCGAAAGCAGCGAUCGAAGCCAAGUACCAGGACGUCGUGGCCCAGCGGGAUGCUGCCCUGUCCGAACUCCAAGCCCUCCGGAAGACGUUCUCGAACGACGGAACGACUCGAGACGACAGCGCCGCAUGCCUUGAGCGAAUUGCGCAACUCGAGCCGGAAAAAGCAGCUCUCGACGAAGCGUGGCGACUGAAAUUGGCAGAGCUGGAGCGCACGCAUCAAGAAUUAAUCGAUCAACAUGCUCAGGAGAAAACUGCCCUUGUUGCAUCGCUUCAGAAGUCGUCCCAAUCAGAGAAUGGCCAAGUGCAGAAGUCAAUGGAAGAUAGCAGCACGAACGACAGCAAGUUGCGCGAGCUGCAGCUCCUCCUGGCCCAGAAAGACGCAGCGCUGGCGGAUUUGUCGAGUCGUUUGGAGGUGGAAGCGGCCAACGAAAAGAUGGCCUUUGAAGCGACCAAGUUGCUCACGUCCCAACUCGAAGAGAAAAACAGCUACGUCCAGUUGCUCAAACAAAACGCCGAAUUGCAAUUGCGCCAAGCAACGCAAGAUGCCCAACGACAAUUGGCCGACCAACGCCACACUCAGCAGGUCGAGCAUGACGCUGCAAUCGCUGCGUUGAAGGCACAGUUUGCUUCGACUCCUUCCCACGACGACCGAGCGGCAGGCGACGCGACCCAUCGACAACUUGGUCAGUUGCAAGCCAAGGUGGCAGCGUUAACGGCGGAAAACGAGUCGUUGCUGCGUCAAGUGUCUGCCGUGUCCCAACCACAGCCACCCCCGGUCGGCAGCAACGGAACUACGCCCGACGCAGCAUCAUAUCAAGCGCAAAUUCAAAACCUUCAACUCGAAAACACGCACUUGAUGCAGUCCGUGCAAAGUCUUCGGGAAACAUUGAACGAGAAGCUCCAGCAGCUCGCGACGUUGAAGGCGCCGGUCCAUACGAAAAUGCUGGACGAACUCGAGCGCACGAUCGAGCACGAGAAGCGCGCGUUGAUGGAACGGAAGGACCUCCAUGUGGUGCACAUGACCAAGCUCAAGCUCGACGCAGAAGUGUGGCUGGACGAGGCGCAGGCCAAACUCGACGAACACGCAGCGCUCCAGGACGCGCUGGCCAAGGACAUUUCUGCCCCCGUCUCCGCCGACGACAUCGUGGUGAAUCCGUUGGAAGUUACGCUCGUUCUCAAGAGCGGCGUCGUGAUCAAAGCUGGAAGCUCAUUUGACCUGCCCGUCGUUGUCUCGGCUGGCCAAACGAUUCAAUGGAGUUUCCGCAUCGAAGAGCUCGACACGGACGUCAACUUUGCGCUGACGUUCAACGGCGACACCGACGUCGUCCCGAUCAACCGUGUCGAGCGCUUGCAAGGCACAUUCCAGGCCAAAGCGUCGGGCGUGUUGAAGUUCGAGUGGGACAAUGCGUUUUCAUGGCUCAACCCGAAAACCCUCGACUACCACGUGUCUGUAUUUGAGCCGCUCUCGGAAGCUGCGCUGCAAAAGCGAAAAACCCAAGAAAUGCUGGCGACCCAAAUCAAGCAACUCAACGACAAAAUCGAAGCCUUGACCAACGAAACCGCGUUGCUGGCGACAUUCGACCAAGUGAUUGGCACGAAAGUACCGAGCGCCAUCGAGCUGUACUUGGAGGAGUGCAUGGCGCAUCGCGAGAUGGUGGUGUGCCCCAAGCUCAGCCAAGUCCAAGACAAAAUGACCGCGCUGAAAGCGCUCAUGGGGCUGUACAUCCAAGAACAGCAGGACCUGACCGAAGCCACGGCGGCGCUCACGAUGCUCCUGGACGAGAUCCACCAGGAGCAGCGGGAUCUACAAAACACGUGCCACUUGCACAAGAACCGAAAAGAGACACUGGAGUCGCUGCAAGCGACGCUCUGCCGCCUCGAAGCCCAAGUUUCCGUCUAGAAACGCGACGACAGAGCCACCCCCAUUGCUUGUUCAACAUCACAACGGAAUGACGUAGUUGUCAGCGCAAGUGACUCGAGUAACAAUAGCCUUGACACUGCAGUGUUUGAGCAGUCGACGACGGC